AUGGACUUGGCGGAAACACUUCUGGCGUGCUUCAUCGUCGUGGUCGCGAUUGUCUCCCUGCUGUCGAACUUGCUGGUGCUGCUAUGCUUCGUCCACAGCACGGAGAUCCGCAGGCAAGUCCCCGGGAUAUUCACCAUGAACCUCUCCUUCUGUAACAUCCUCAUCUCUCUCCUCAACAUGCCUUCCACGCUGGUGGGCAUCGUGAAGCACCGGCAGCCGUUCGGCGACUGCUUGUGCCACACCAUGAGUUUCCUGGAGACGUUUCUGACGGCCAACACUAUGCUGAGCAUGGCUGCGCUCAGCAUCGACCGUUGGAUAGCUGUGGUUUUCCCGCUCAGCUACUCCUCCAAGAUGCGCUACCGGGACGCGCUCGUGAUGGUGUGCUACGCGUGGCUACACUCGCUCACCUUCUCGCUGGUCGCGCUGCUCUUCUCGUGGGCGGACUACAGCCACGUCUACGCCUCGUGCACCUUGCAUCUGAACGACGAGAGCGCGAGGAUUAAGUUCACCGUGUUCACCGUGGCGUUCCACGCGAGCAGUUUCAUGCUCUCGCUGCUCAUCCUGUGCGUAACGUAUCUGAAGGUGCUGCAGGUCGCGCGGUUUCACUGCAAGCGAAUAGACAUCAUUACCAUGCAGACUCUCUUCCUACUUGUUGACAUCCAUCCGAGCGUGAAGCAGCGCUGCUUGGCGGAGCAAAAGAGGAGAAAACAGCGCGCGACCAAGAAGAUCAGCAUCUUCAUUGGCUCCUUCAUCGUCUGUUUCGCGCCUUAUGUCAUCACGAGGCUAGCAGAGCUGCUCCCAUUCGUGGGCAUCAAUCGCCACUGGGGCAUGGUGACCAAGUGCCUGACGUUCAGCAAGGCUGCGUCGGACCCGUUCGCCUACUCCUUGCUGCGCCAGCAGUACCGCAAGGUCCUAGUGUCCGUGGCCAACCGCGUUCUCCGGAGAGACCUCUACCCCUCGUCCGGCCCAAACAGCUCUCUGGACACGGAGAACGACUACUGCCUACAGCGCAUCAGCUAG